AUGUUUCACGGCAACUUGGCCAGAACAAAAGAGACAACUUUGACUCAAACGCGUGCGGUAGAACCAUCGGGGGCAACACCUCGCUGCACUGGUCAGUCUUUGGUCCAGAUCCGCACCGUUCUCCUUUGUUCUAGAGUUGUCUCCUGCAUCUCGACAGCACCACGGGCUGCUAGCUACAAGGAGAAGAAGAAGAAGACGCUCCGUUCAAUUCAUUCUGCAACUUGCAGCAAAGGCGAGUCACAACCUCAACCUCCACCUGAACCUCCACCUCCACCACUCGACAGCUUGAGUCCUCGCUCAGCAGCAUUCAACCGUCCAGCAGCAACCAUGAAAGUCUUGGUUUUCUCGAUCUUUAGUCUUUCUGCGGCCUUGCCAGCAUCAGCUGGUACCCCCAAGUACGACGAGGACCUCGGCUGCUGGCCAAUCAGCGUCGAGCGUGACGCCACCUACUGCAUCGACGGGCCCGUCUGCAGCGGCGAGGGCUCGUCGCCUGCCGGAUCCUCGUGCCCUGUCAAAGGUGAUGUGGCGAUCGCCGACUGUGACUCGAAUGUCACUCGCGACAGUGUCGGCGACUACUGCGAGCUGUCAGUCGACACCGUCUGUGAGGUCAUUCACACGGGGGCCUGGGGAUGCGUCAUCCCAACAAACGACCACGCCGACUCUUCUAAACAUAACCGUCCGCACCACCGUAACUCGCGCGACCGUAACUCGCACGACCGUAACUCGCAUCACCGUAACUCGCACCGCGGUGCCCAUCACCACCGUAACUCCCACGACGGUAACUCCAAAGACCGACACUCCCACUACGGUAGUCAGAACCAAGAUUCGUCCUACUAUAACAGCGACAGUGGUGGCUACAACAGCGGCAGCUACGAAGGUGAUGACGAACACAACAACGGCCACCACAUGAGCGACUACAACGACAUCAACGGCCACCAAUUAAACGAGAACCACAACGGCGGUAACCACAACAAUGGCAAUCACGAAAAUGGCGCCCACAAGAGCGACAGCCAUGAAGAUGAUAGCUACAAGAACAACAACGACCAUCACAUGAUCGACCACCACAUGAGUGACCGGCACACGAGCGACCACCACAGCAGCAACAAUCACAACAGUGGUAAGCACAAUGGUGGUAAGCACAACAGCAACGGUAGCAGCAACGACAAGAGCAGUGGCAAACGCAUCAGCGGCAACUACGAAAAUGACAUCAACAACUGCGGAACCCAGAAGAGCGACGAGCACAACCACGGACACCACAAGGGCGACAACUGCAACAGUGGCAGCUAUGGAGAUGACGACAACAUCAAUGACGACGACAACAACAACGACCACUACAAGAGCGGCAACAACAACAACGACCACUACAAGAGCGGCAACAACAACAACGACCGCUACAAGAGCGGCAACAACAACAACGGAUAUUACAUGAGCGACCACCACAAGAGCGGCAGCUACGAAUACGACAGCAACAACCACAACAACGGCCACCACAACAGCGGCAGCUACGAAGAUGGCAGCUAUGGAAAGGACGACCACACCAAGGACGACGACAACAGCGACAGCUAUGAAGAUGACAACAACAACAACAGCGACAGCUAUGAAGAUGACAACUACAACAGCGACAGAUAUGAAGAUGAAAGCUACAACAACGACUACAGCACCGGCGACUACAAUGGCGGUAGCUAUAAAGAUGGUAGCUUCGGCAGUGGGUCUGCCGGUAGCAGCAGCUACAAAGAUGGCAGCUUUGGCAGUGGGUCUGCUGAUCGCAGAAUUAUGGCCGGCAUAAUGACGCAGAAGGCCGGCACUAAAGGAGCUUCAUCUGGUGGAGUUUCCGUGGGCGUGGUUGGUGCAGUAGCGGCUGCAGCAGCGGCUGUGGCAGCUGUGGCGGGGGUGGCCAUUUACCGACAGCACGGUACGACAAAAUCGAAGAAACCGGUGAACACGACGGUAGUGGAGGUCGUGACGCCUUGA